AUGAAAGUAUUCCUUUGUGCUACUUCCGCUUGAUUUUUAUGUACAGGAAAUAUAGAUUCCGCCAUCUUGAAGUUCUUUGCUAAGAAAAACUGGUGAGCUCUGUCAUGAGUUCGUUGAAAUUGCAAAAGAGGCUUGCAGCCUCUGUUAUGCGAUGUGGUAAAAAGAAAGUCUGGUUGGACCCCAAUGAAAUCAAUGAAAUUGCAAACACAAAUUCUCGACAAAGCAUCCGGAAGCUGAUUAAAGAUGGUCUUAUUAUUAAAAAACCCGUUGCCGUUCAUUCUAGAGCUCGAGUUCGUAAGAAUACUGAAGCUAGACGCAAAGGACGUCAUUGUGGUUUUGGUAAAAGAAAAGGUACAGCAAAUGCUCGUACACCUCAAAAAGAUCUAUGGAUCCAAAGAAUGAGAGUUCUUCGUAGACUUUUAAAGAAAUAUCGUGAAACAAAAAAAAUUGACAGACACCUGUAUCACUCCUUAUAUAUGAAGGCUAAGGGUAACGUAUUCAAGAAUAAGAGAGUUUUAAUGGAAUUUAUUCAUAAAAAGAAAGCCGAGAAAGCAAGAGCAGAGAUGCUUUCGGAUCAAGCAGAGGCGCGUCGUACUAAAGUUAGAGAAGCGCGUAAACGCAGAGCAGAACGUAUUGCUACAAAGAAACAAGAAUUAUUGCAAUCUUAUCAACGCGAAGAUGAAGCUGCAGCAGCACAGAAAAAGUAAUUUUACAGAUUGUUGUACAAAUAAAGUCUAAAAUAAUCUAUUUGUACUUCUUA